CUUCGGCCUGUGCGAGCUGAUUGGAUGGGGCCGUAGAAUGUCAUCGCCUGUUCAGUUAUAAGGAAGUGGUAGAUAGGCUUCCUCCUAUCUGUGAGAAUAUAUUUUAUUCCUUCCAAAUUCCGUUUCGUUCCAUUUAAACGGUGUUCACAUAGUUACUGCUUUUAUAUGGGCAUUCAUCCCCCCCUACGUUUUAUUUAUUCGUAUAUCACGUGACGUCCCUUUAAAUUUCCCCAGACCCAUCCCCUUUUGUAUUUAUUAGAUUUUAACGUAAUGCUCGGGGAAAGAGAUGAAUUUUGAGGGUAGAGCUUUCAGCUUGAUAUUUAUUAUUUUUACUGGUUUGUCGCGGGUUUCAAACAGUAAACCCUCAUGUGGAGUUAGCGGCUGCUCCCCAGGGCCACCUGUAGUAUUGGUUCCAGGUGACCUGGGGAACCAACUGGAAGCAAAGUUGGAUAAACCUUCAGUUGUGCAUUAUAUGUGCUCAAAGAAGACUGAUUAUUACUUUACUCUUUGGCUCAAUCUCGAGUUGCUGCUUCCACUAGUUAUUGACUGCUGGAUUGAUAACAUCAGAUUGGUUUUCAACAUGACCAGCAAAACCACAGCUCCUCCUGAGGGUGUAGAUAUCAGGGUUCCAGGAUUUGGACAAACCUACCCCCUCGAAUUUCUUGAUCCUAGCAAAAGAUCUGUGGGUAUAUACUUCUUCACUUUGGUGGAGAAUAUGGUGCAGUGGGGGUACACGCGUGAUAAAAAUAUGAGAGGUGCUCCGUACGACUGGCGCAAAGCUCCAAAUGAGAACAAGGAAUACUUUGAGGCUCUUCGGAAACUGGUGGAGAGUAUGUAUGAAUCGUAUGGAGGUCCUGUAGUAAUGAUUGCACACAGCAUGGGGAACUUGUACACACUCUAUUUUCUCAACCAUCAGACUCAGGAAUGGAAAGAUAAAUAUAUCCAUUCUUUUGUGGCUCUUGGUGCCCCAUGGGGAGGUGUAGCUAAAACACUCCGUGUUCUUGCUUCUGGUGAUAAUAAUCGUAUUCCAGUAAUAAGUUCCCUUCGGAUCCGUGACCAGCAACGCUCAGCUGUAUCAACUAACUGGCUUCUCCCAUAUAACAACACUUGGCCUCCUGACAAAGUUUUUGUUAGGACUCCAACCACCAACUACACACUGAAAGACUACCAGAAGUUCUACAGUGACAUUGGUUUUCUGGAUGGUUGGGUAAUGAGGCAAGAUGUAGAGGAACUGAUUUCAUCACUUACCCCUCCAGGGGUGGAUAUUUAUUGCCUCUAUGGCACUGGUGUGGACACACCUGAUUCAUUUGUCUAUGAUUCUUUUCCUGACAAAGACCCCAAUAUUAUUUUUGGACCAGGGGAUGGGACUGUUAACUUACAAAGCGCCUUGCAAUGCCAAAGAUGGAAAAAUCAACAGAAGCAGAAAGUAUAUUUGGUGGAGCUUCCAGGGAAUGAGCACAUUGCUAUGAUGUCAAAUUUUACUACGAUCUCUUAUGUCAAACGUGUACUUUUUGGAGUCUGAAAUAAUAGAA